GACAGAGGACCCACCUGAGGUAGCAGCAUGCCGAUCUCCUCCACCUCUUUGACGGCGAACAGCGCAUAGCCCGCCGCGUGCUCGAACAACACGUGCAACAACACCUGCGAAAGGAGCAUGGAGGAGAGUGCUUGAAGGAGCCUGUUGAGGAGCGGAUGUGAGGGAGGACAGUAAAAAGCUUAGGGAUCAGGAGAGGACUUGAUAUAAAGGCUGGCUGGGACAAGCAGACACUCAGACCGGUGGAGCUCUGCUCAUCUUAAAGCACACUUCCCCAAGUAACUGACGAAGGCUGACACAGCACUGUGUGUAUAUGUGUCCAGGACGGAGCAGAAUGAGCAUGCGCGGAGCAGUGGCUGGUUGCGUGGUGCUGGCGUGCCUGGUGGCGCUGCUGGCUGAGAGGACAGAGGGACACAUCACCUUCUUCAGCCCAAAGGAGAUGAUGCUGAUGAAGGAGCGAGAGGGUAGAAAGGACAUGGAGCCUCGGUCGGAGGACGGUCAGUUUGAAGAAGUCACUGUCCAACAGCUUCCUCAGGUGGAACGUGGUGUAAAUCCUGAUAAAACAGUGGAGAUUGCUGUCCGUCUCUCACCCAAACAGCUGGAUCAUGUGGCUCCGGUGCUCGAGGAGAUCAUCCAUGAAAUAGUGGGUGAGCGUCAGAAAGCCAAAUAGCGAUGCCGAAGACACUAGUGGAUGAAUACUGUGUAAAUUCUUCAAAAAGCACUGAAUGCUCAAACAUUUUAUUGUAUUUUAAUGAAUCAGUCAAUAAAGGGAAGUCACGAUGUCACAAAUUGGA